CUUUUCAUUUUUUUCACCGUAAAGCUCGUUCCCUGUAUAUCUCUCUCUGCCAAUUUUACACUCCUCGCCUCCCCUCUUUUUCUCUUUUAUCGCCCAGGAUUCAGGAAGAAAGAACAAAAUUAUUAGAAAAAAAAAAAGCUUAAAGAGCAUUAUGCUAUGCAGAUCAGGGUCUUGGUUUUUUCUCAUAAUCUUCUUGGUUUCUCUCUUAUUUUCGGCGGUUCUAACCUCUGGAACCUAUUUAGCUUCAGACAUUUCAGGGGAGGAGAGAGAGUUUGGUGAAGUGCUGCCAUGGAAGAUGUCAAAGAGGUCUCUUGCGGAGGAAAGUGGAGACAACUCAUCUCUGAUUUUGGCUGACCAAAGAACCAAGAGGAAAGACCCUCUUGAUAAUUUUAAGAGAUACACUGGUGGCUGGAAUAUCAGCAAUGAUCACUACUGGGCUUCUGUGGCUUUCACUGCCGCUCCCUUUUUCGUUAUAGCUGGAGUUUGGUUCGUGGUUUUCGGACUAAGCUUGUGUCUUAUAUGUCUUUGUUACUGCUGUUGCCCGCGACCGCCUUAUGGCUAUUCUCGAGUAGCAUAUGCAUUGGCUCUCAUUUUCCUCAUAUUAUUCACGGUUGCUGCAAUUGUUGGCUGUGCAGUUUUAUACACUGGUCAAGGAAAGUUUCACGGCAGCACCACAGAUACAUUGGAUUACGUUGUGAAGCAGGCAAAUCUUACAGCCGAAAACCUCAGGAAUGUGUCAGAUUAUCUUGCUGCGGCUCAGGAGAUCGAGGUAGAUUCAAUUGUUUUACAACCAGAUAUUCAGAGUCAUAUUGAUGAUAUCCAAAACAAAAUUAACUCUUCUGCUACAACCCUUUCAAACAAAACUAUGGAGAAUUCGCAAAAUAUUCAAGAGGGUCUGGACGGCAUGAGAGUGUCCCUAAUUGUUCUUGCUGCCAUAAUGCUCUUUCUUGCUUUUCUUGGUUUUGUGCUCUCCAUUUUCGGAUUGCAAUGCCUUGUAUAUUUCUUGUUGUCUGAAGGAGUUAUUUUUUUCCUGCAAUUUGGUAGUGUGGUUGCAGAUACAUGCGUUGCAAUGGAUGAAUGGGUUCAGAACCCGACAGCCCACACGGCUUUAGACGACAUUCUUCCUUGUGUGGACAAUGCAACUGCCCAAGAAACCUUGCAACAGACAAAGAAUGUUGCUUCCCAACUCGUGAAUUUGAUUGACACCUUCGUUGGCACUGUUGCCAACAGAAAUUUUCCAGUCAACGGAAAUUUUCCAGCCCAGUCAAUUCGUGUAAAUUACAAUCAAUCCGGUCCCCUAAUGCCGAUUCUUUGCAACCCAUUUAAUUCUAAUCUCACUGAUCGACAAUGUCAACCUGGUGAGGUGGACCUCAACAAUGCUACUCAGGUGUGGAAGGGCUUUGUGUGCGAAGUUUCAGCAUCGGGGGUUUGUACAACGCAGGGGCGUGUAACGCCAAUGGUUUACAGGAAACUCGAAGCUGCAGUAAAUGUGAGUUUUGGAUUGUAUCAUUACGGUCCCUUCUUGGUUGAUCUGCAAGACUGUACAUUUGUCCGAAAUACUUUCACAGACAUUAGUAAGACCUACUGUCCUGGUCUGCGUCGUUAUUCUCAAUGGAUAUAUAUUGGUCUAGUCUUGGUAUCGGCUGCUGUGAUGCUCUCGUUAAUAUUUUGGGUAAUCUAUGCACGAGAGAGAAGACACCGAGUUUACACCAAACAAUUCGCAGGUAGAUCUUCGGUAGAUCCCGAGGACAAGAUGCCUUAGAAAAACUCCAGACCUGACUGGAUGAUUAGCUAGUUUGCUUGUGCAUAUUCAAAGACAUGGAUGGUUAGAUGAUUUAUUGUUAGAUUGAGAGAGUUAUGAUAUGUGUAUAAAUAUAAGUAUAUGCUUGGAUAAUAGUAUAUAAGUUGCUGUACUCAUCUAAAUCCGAUUUGAUCAUAGUAUUUGGAUUGAAGAUGUUCAUCCA